AUGUACCCGAUCCCCCUUGACUGGGCCGGCGAUGGAACGACUGCGAAACCCAGAAAAGCCAGCGAAGCGGCGACGACACUGCCAGAGCACGAAGAAGACGUAAUCGACCCAACCACUGGCGAGAUCGAGAUCGUGUGGCGACCACGUCACGUACGCCUGACCGGCGACGCAGCCAUUGCCUCGCUUUGCAUUCACGAAUCACGACAUAGUUACCGCACCGAAAACCUCGCUUGGGACUUCGACUUUAAAGGAGAGAUCCGUAAGACAAGAGUACCACACAGACCAACAAUUACGAUCUCGCAGAACGGUCUCCCAACACUCCCAGUAUGGAAAGACUGGUAUAUCUUCACAGGCGGAUGCAAUACAUCCGGCUGGCUACGACGCGACGGCCCUAGGACAGGAGCGAACUUCACUGGAGGUUUGGUCUUACCGCAGAUGGGUUGUAAGGAAUUAGACCCUGGUCGUCGCUGGUCACUUCGGGCCAAGUAA